AUGAAUUCCAAAGUAUAUAACGCUAUCUACGCAGCCUUUGCGCUCGCUUACCUGAUUGCCCCAGCGCUCCUAUUCAUCCCUGUGAUGCUAUGGGAGGCUUCUCCUAUGCCCUCUGCAUUCUGCAUGGCCAAAUCUGCUAAGAGAAGACGCCCCUCCAUGGCGGGAGUGGGUGCAACCCCAUUUGUUGUUGUAAGACCAGACGGCGAAAAUCAAGUCGAAGCUCACAAAAAUGUGAUGCCUCAGACAAUCCUUGGCAUGCUGUCAAACUGGCUAGGCUCUUUGUGGUCUACUGGUUCGCAAACAACGGGAGAACCCUCAGGUAGCUUGUUGAGUAAGCGCCACGGAGGUAUCCCAGAGCAUAUGUUCGUCGAUGAUUCCUCUUCGGAGGCGGAAGACGUUGUUUGUGUAGGAAAGUCGAGCGUGUUCUUUGGAGCAGGGCUUCGGGGAUAUGUCCCUCACCUCCUUCCUUUGCACAAGUUGGGACGUGGCAUCGCUACAAUGGUGUUCCCAGUUAACGGCGUGGCUGGUACCUGUGGGGAAACCCACGCAGACCUCGACGGGGGUGUGUCGAGUGAGCUUGUAGACGAAUGCGAUGAAUCUGAGGUCAGCGUACGACUCAGAUUCAUCUGUGACAGAUUUUUCUCAGAGGGUUUUGCAAAGCCAAGACUCUCUGCUAGAUUUAUUGACGCGAUGUUGGAAGAGGAGCUCAACGACUCUGCCAACAAAGCUCAUCGCGAUUCAUUGACUGAAGUCGCUGAACCAGAGUGCGGCUUGGUUCCCAAGUCAGCUGAAGAGACUCCUGUCCAAAGACAAGAGUCCGUUCAGACCCCAUCGGGUUUGGAUAAUGCUGACUUCGUGGUUCCAAAGCCAAAGUUUGGGACAGUGGAAGGCCUCAAUGAGGCGUUCGCUCUAUCGUCUUGGCAAUCGGCCAAUGGAUUUUUUGGUGAAUGUCUCUCCACAGGACUUCCCACACCGAUGGAGAUUGACGACGACCUGGCUUGGAGUGAAGUCAUGGAAGUUGAAAUUCCCAUGGAGAUUGAUGAUGUUGCUGAGGUGAUGGUGCUUGAUGCUAAUUGUGGCGAAAAGCUCAUGGCCCACACCUACAAUCCAACGGUUACCGAUUUGCAGUACGUCUCCCAGUCUGCAAACAUGGAUUGUGAUACGAACGAUCUUCCAGCCUGCGUACCGCAGCAGGCUGCAGACGACAAGAUGGAAGACGACACAGAAAAAAUAGUGCUAUCUGGACCAUCCUCUCUGAAGAAGUACGAUGCACCAAAGCCUAGACAAAAGGUAGGUGCCGACGAGGUCAAAGGUAGCAAAGAGCCUUCAAUGGCGGUCCCCCGACCAAAAGAGAAGAGCUCGAAACUUCCUCGACCUGCCAGUCAAAAGGCCAUUGAGGAAGCAAAGGCCGCAAUCGAAGGGCCAGAAAGCAAGGUGGCUUCGGCCUCUUGUGAUCUCCCUUCACAGCUGCCCAAGUCACUUUUUGGCCUUCGCACCGAGCGGGCAAAGCUUGUGUCAAGCCUUGCUUCCGAAGUGCCUGAACCAGUUACAACAGCCAGUUGUGACAAGGGAAAGGCCCCAAAGAAAAAGGCCAAGACACAGGGGUCAACUGCUACCCCAGCUGCCCAGGUCUCUGUUCCUGUUGCUGCACCCAGCAGCAAAAAGGAGGAGAGUAUCAAGGAAUUCAAGUCAGAUCUUCCUUCUGCAUCUCGCGGCAAGAAAGUGAAGACUUCCGGCGGUGAUGAGAAGGCCGAUCUAGUUAUCGAACCCAUCGAGGGUUUUGCAAAUCCAAGACUCUCUGCUAGAUUUCUUGACGCGAUGUUGGAAGAGGAGCUCAACGACUCUGAAAACAAAGCCCAUCGCGACUCAUUGGCUGAAGUCGCUGAACCAGAGUGCGGCGUGGUUCACGUGCCAGUUGACGAGAUUCUUGUCUUUGAGCAAGAGUUUAUUCAGACCCCAUCGGGUUUGGAUAAUGCUGGCUUCGUGGUUCCAAAGCCAAAGUUUGGGACAGUGGAAGGCCUCAAUGAGGCGUUCGCUCUAUCGUCUUGGCAAUCGGCCAAUGGAUUUUUUGGUGAAUGUCUCUCCACAGGACUUCCCACACCGAUGGAAAUUGACGACGACCUGGCUUGGAGUGAAGUCAUGGAAGUUGAAAUUCCCAUGGAGAUUGAUGAUGUUGCUGAGGUGAUGGUGCUUGAUGCUAAUUGUGGCGAAAAGCUCAUGGCCCACACCUACAAUCCAACGGUUACCGAUUUGCAGUACGUCUCCCAGUCUGCAAACAUGGAUUGUGAUACGAACGAUCUCCCAGCCUGCGUACCGCAACAGGCUGCAGACGACAAGAUGGAAGACGACACAGAAAAAAUAGUGCUAUCUGGACCAUCCUCUCUGAAGAAGUACGAUGCACCAAAGCCGAGACAAAAGGUAGGUGCCGACGAGGUCAAAGGUAGCAAAGAGCCUUCAAUGGCGGUCCCCCGACCAAAAGAGAAGAGCUCGAAGCUUCCUCGACCUGCCAGUCAAAAGGCCAUUGAGGAAGCAAAGGCCGCAAUCGAAGGGCCAGAAAGCAAGGUGGCUUCGGCCUCUUGUGAUCUCCCUUCACAGCUGCCCAAGUCACUUUUUGGCCUUCGCACCGAGCGGGCAAAGCUUGUGUCAAGCCUUGCUUCCAAAGUGCCUGAACCAGUUACAACAGCCAGUUGUGACAAGGGAAAGGCCCCAAAGAAAAAGGCCAAGACACAGGGGUCAACUGCUACCCCAGCUGCCCAGGUCUCUGUUCCUGUUGCUGCACCCAGCAGCAAAAAGGAGGAGAGUAUCAAGGAAUUCAAGUCAGAUCUUCCUUCUGCAUCUCGCGGCAAGAAAGUGAAGACUUCCGGCGGUGAUGAGAAGGCCAAUCUAGUUAUCGAACCCAUCGGUAAAGAGAUUGGAGAACCUCAGAUCCAGCCAUUCCCAGCUCGCAAUCCUGCGUCAAAGCCGGCAAAGUCUUCGAGCAAGGGAGGAAAAGAGGAUCCAAAGAGCCUAUUGAAGUAUGCGCUCCGAUUCAAAGGCGAUCCAACUGUCAACAAGGAUACUUUUCCUUGGGACUAUCUGCGUGGUGAUUCACGUUGGGUCUCUUGGUUAAGCUGUAAGGGUAGCCUCUUUUACGUUCGGUUCCUACAGCUUUCAAAUUCAAAGGACUGGAUUAUCGUUUCCCUCUGGGAUCGACACCAUGCUCCGCCUGUUAGCUUGGUUCUGAGUCUUGGCUUGGCAUAG